AUGGUUCUGGUUCCUUUUCUCUUUAUAUUUCGGUUUCAUUUUGUUUCUAGUUCAGUUUCAGUUUCAGUUUCAGGUUCUGUUUCUGUUUCUGUUUCUAAUCCUGUUUCUGGUUAUGUUGCUGUUUCUGGUUCUGUUUCUGUUUCUGUUUCCGCGCGUAUUUAUGUUUUUUUUAAUGGUUCUGUUUCUGUUUUUGUUUUUGUUUCUGUCUCUGAUUCUCGUUCUUUUUCGGGUUCUGUUUCUGUUUCUGUUUCUGUUUUUGUUUCUGUUUCUGGUUCUGUUUCUAGUUCAGUUUCUGUUUCUGGUUCUGUUUCUGUUUCUGAUUCUAUUUUUUCUGGUUCAGUUUCUGGUUCUGUUUUCAGCCCUAUUUAUGGUGCUAUUUCUGUUUCUGUUUAUGUUUUUGUUUAUGUAUAUGUUUCAGUUUCAGUUUCUCUUUUUCUUUCUUUUACUCAUUAUGUUUAUGUUUCUGGUUCUGUUUCUCAUUCUGGUUCUGGUUCCGUUUCUCUUUAUAUUUCGGUUUCA